UUGAGUUGAAAUUGAAAUAAAUAUAUUAAUUUAACAGGAAAUCUCUGUCCUCUCAUAACGAACUUUAGCCAGCAGCGAAUGCUUAAAAUCAGGAUAAAUGGCUGACCGUGAAGAUAUAUUGGCAAACUUUCAGGAAAUAAGCGGAAUAAGUGAUAUUGAGGUCGCAAUUUGCCACCUUGAAUCGACAGGAUGGAACUUACAGGCAGCAGUGAACUCAGCUCUCGAGGAAACUUCUCAUUUUGGAGACAUCAACAUGCUCGAUAAUCCUUCAGAUGUUUCUAUAAUAGAAUCGACAAAAACUUUACACAACGAAGCAGGCCCUUCUUGUUCUUCAUCCAAAAAUAACACUGAUGAAUUAAUUUUCAACGUGCAUUUCAAUAACAGAAGUCAUCAGAUCCAUAUAUCAAGUCUCAAAACGAUUAAGGAUCUCAAAGAAGCUAUAUUUGCAAAGACUUCAGUGCCACUUUGUCGACAGUUAAUUGAGGGACUGCAAACAUCUAAAGAAGCUCAAAUUAUUGACACAACAGUGCUGAGAACAUUAAACGUUUCAAGAGAGAAUAAUAUUUUCCUUACUGACAUUUCAAAUGAAGGCUUUUCGGAUGACGUUGUAAUUGUAAGUGACGAUCCUUUACCGAUGUACCAGCUACGUAUAAGUUAUGUGAAUCCGUUCAAUACGAGCGAGAACAAAGAGCUCAACUUAAAUUUUCCUGCAUCAAAAACGAUAUUGGAUAUCAAGAAUGAUAUUCAUGCAGUACUAAAGGUUCCCGUCCGUCAUCAAAAUUGGGUGGGAUGGCCUGAAAGUUCAUCAAAUUCUACAAAACUCAGCGAAACUGGUUUCAAUGCCGUUCACUUAUUACAGUUAACUCGCAUUGAUACCGAAAAUAACUUUGAUCGCGACGUUCCUCUUGAAAUUGAUUCCGAUAGUUCAGUGGAAGAGUUUGAAGAUGCUCUAAAUGCUGACGAAGAUAUUUUUGCUGAACCAGUGCCACAAAAUCGCCUUAAAUAUCUGAUUGAUGAUCAUACAGAAGAUGAGAUUCUUGGCUGUUUGCAGUUUAUCACAAAUUAUCGCGAUCGAUAUGGUCACGGUCCAAACUUCUUUGAAGGAACUCUUGAUGAUGCUGUCAAAGCAGCUUGUUCCACUAAAUCCGCCAAAGACCGAAAACUUCUUGCAAUUUAUUUACAUCACGAUCGAAGCGUUCUUUCAAAUGUUUUUUGUGGACAACUUCUUAACAAUGAAAAUAUAAUUAAACAAUUAAAUGAUAAUUAUAUUAUCUAUGGUUGGGAUUUAACUUGUGAGAGUAACAAGAAUAUGUUUUUGUCGUCAUUAACUGCUUGUGUUGCUGACUCAGCUUCACUUCAAAUACGUGGAACGCCAAUUAAUCAAUUACCUAUUAUCAUGAUCAUUCGUAAAUAUCGAGCAACAUGUGAAGUCGCUGAUAUAAUUCAUGGAAAUAUCAACAGCGAUGAACUUUUUAUUCAUUUAAUGAUGAAUUCUGAUGCUUUUAAUGAACAAAUGAAGAUCGAGAUUCGAGAAGAAUAUGAGCGGAUGCAACGAGAAGUUUUACUCAAAGAACAACAACAGGCAUAUCAGGAAAGUUUAGAGGCUGACCGAGCGAAAGAAGAAGCAAAAUUACAAAAAGAGAAAAUGAUGGCAACAGAAAGACGUCGACAAGAAUCCGAGCGUGCAGAAAUUGAAGCUCGAAAGGAAGCGGAAAAAAAACAUGCUGAAAGCUUAUUACCGCCUGAACCAGAUAGCAAUUGCACCGAUCCAAUCACCAAAAUUCGAUUCCGAAAACCAACCGGAGAUUAUCUCGAACGCAGAUUUAUUGUCGAUAAUAAGCUUAAGGUGUUGCUCAACUUUGCCACAGCAAAUGGCUUUUCUCCUGAAGAAUUCAAAAUAAUCUCGAGUUUCCCACGACGUGAUCUCACACUUUUAGAUCCUGAAGAAACCUUGAAAUCAUUGAAACUUUAUCCACAAGAGACGGUCAUCCUUGAAGAGCGAUAAUUUCUUGUCUUUUAUUUCGAUUUGCACUUUUUCUUACUGUUUAGGAACAAGGAAUGAAGAAAACGAGUGAAAUGUUCAGAAAAAAUGCAUACAUAAAUAUAAAUUUUCGAAUAAAAGAAUUUCUUAACAAUUAAAAAGGUUUUGAUUUUUGAUGAGACUUAAAAAUAUUAAAAAUGUUUGAAUUCUUAUCAUUACAUGACAUUCAUAAUUUAUCAUUUUAAUCUUCAAAUGUCAUUGCUUCGUUCGUAAUUGUAAUUAAAUUAGACUUACAAGUUUUUCAUGCUUACAAAUCUCGGAUUGUGACAUCAUCAUCGCUUCUGAAAUUCAUCAAA